AUGGGUCCAAGCUCUGCUGUUUCAUUACACUUAUUUCACUGCUCCAUUCUGGCCAGCUUCUUACUUGACAUUAUUCUGUCUAUCUCAGCAUUUACAAAACUCGAGAAAAAGAGGAAGGCUGAAGAAUUAUUGCCAACAGACCUGAAGAAAAAGAAGUGGACUGUCAAUGGAGCGAUCAGGACGUUUGAAGCAAAAUCAGUCUAUUAUGUGGAUCCAGCAGAGAAUGAGGAAAACCAGAGAUUCCUAACCAGCAUUAAGAGUCGCCAGCUCCUAAUGCUUAUAGGAGCACGGGCAUCUGGAAAGUCAACACGACUUUACCGGCUCAUGACUCAACUGGCUGAGGAUGGUUAUCACUGCUUUAUGGUAUCUCUUGAAGAAGUUAUUGUCAAUCUAGAUGAAAAUACUUUCUGGGUGUCUCUAGGCAAUGCUCUUCAAGCUAACUAUGAUGAGGUCAAACCCAUUGGGUCUUCACGUGAUUUUCUCAAUGCAUUCACCCGAAACAUCUGGAAAGAGCAGAAGAUUGUUGUUUUCAUUGAUGAAUUUGAUAAGUUGUAUGAAGCAAGCAAUGAGGUCCGCAACCAAUCUCUGGAGACUUUCCGGGCAAUCAGAAACAACAAUCAUCUCUAUGCGAUUCAUAGUAUUGUUGCCUGCGGGACUUUCAGCAUUCAGCAUUUGAACUCGACAAAUAUGCACUUAUCACCUUUCAACAUCUCUGAGUCCCUCAAAAACCCAUACUUCAGUCUGGAGCAGACACAGUGCCUCUUUGGUGAUUAUGCACAUGAUGAGAAAAUUACAAUAGAUGAUGGUAUUGUUCGUGGUAUACACUUAGAAUCCAAUGGGCAUCCAGGCAUGGUUUGCCUUUGUGGACAUGCUAUCGCUGAGAAUCUUCGAGUUGAAGCUGUCAAAACAAAGAACCUUGCCUACAAAACCUGGCAAGAUUUCUCCAUCACACAGCUGGAUGAUAGGAUUCACUCUUAUCGUACCUUCAGAAGGAUGGCUGAUUCACUCCUUAAUGAGCAAGCCACGAAUGCUGUCAAUCUUCUUCGAUCUCACUUCAUAGGAUUUCUCGAUGAUGUACCCAUCAAAGAUGAUGAGAAGCAAAAGCAAGCUGAUUUCCUAACAGCUGAGGGAGUGCUACUGAAGCCUGAAUUAGAUGGUAAUUGCUACCGUAUGGCUUCAGCUCUCAUAGACUUGUUUAUCCGACAACACAUUAUUUCCAAAAAAUACUCCAAUGCUCCCUCAACUCCUGUUCCAAAACAAAAUGGAUACACUUACAUUCUGGAAGUUAUAAAAGAGAGCCUUCAAUUCUUUGACAAAGAUAUCAUCAAAUUGGCACCCAUUCACUCAUACAAACAAGCUCAAAAUGUCUAUGUAGAUGGUCAUCUCAAAAGGAUGGUUCCUCGGGAAAGUGUGUAUGAUACAGAGUUGAUGAGAAUCUUGGUAAACUGGCUUGUCAAGUUGGAAGGAUACACAGUCAAUGGACAAUGGCAUCUUACUGACCCAAAUAAGACAGCCCACAACUAUAGUGAUGUGGUCAUCAAGAAACCAGGAAUGCCGACAGUUGUAUUGGAGCUUCUGGCCACUGGAGACAAGGCCUUUGUCCAAGGGCACAUUGACAAGACCUCUUUAUACAAGGAACUUCUUUCUGCAGAUGAAGCAUGGGUCAUUCACUUCACCCGUGAAGAUAAAUACCUCAAGCAUGCCCUCUGGCAAUCCUCUACACAGCUGAAUGAAGGUAUUAACAUGAUUCACAUCUGGCACAAUGAAGAUUUUACAAUUGUGCAGAUGAGUGCUCGGUGGAAGGAUGUGGAUGGUAAUAUACACCAGAUUGAUGAUCAACCAUUGACCAUCUAA